GCUGGGCGGCAACUUGGGCUCAGGCUGGCUGAGGCGAGGGUCCUUCACUCCUCCUCCUUACGCCUCCUGUCCCGACGUCGUUUUGACGGUCGCCCACUCGCUGCCCAGCAGCGGCAGGACCAGCGCCCGCUCCUUACGCCUUAUACCCUCCCUCUCCUCGCCCCCAGCGUCCUGCGCUGCAAAUGCAGUCUGACGGCGAACCUCACCCCACAGCGUCAACCCCGUCUGUGGCCAGUUUCGCAAAGUCACACAGCGUCCGAAGCUCUCGCGCCGCGCCAUCCACUAUCAGGACUGUCGUCACUGCUCCUCCCUGGGCACGAGAUGAGCCACCCUCACCCACCGAGGACGAUCCUCGGCAGGCAGCCUCGAAAGAGAACGUCCAGCGUCCAGCGGAUUCACGUCCCUCGGCCAGUGAUGUGCUCUCCUACCAGUCUUCAAUACUCGACGACCCCGGUCCUUCUCGAUGGUGGGCGUUCACACGACACCGACCAACAUCACCCUCUCAGUCCACCCUGCUGACUGGACACCCGGCCUCACCAUCGCGCAGACCACUGCGUGAAUGGGAGCGGUCGCUCUCAAUCCCUUGGUUGAGUCGCUCUCAGCAGGGAAGCCCAGCCAUACCGUCGGCGAAUCCACCAGUCACCUCGCACAAACAAGAGCAGGAGCAGCCGGACGACACAAUUCCUGCGGACCCUUUACACGUUGACAUACCUCCCCCUUCUACCACUCCUUUUACCAUCGCGCAGAAUGCGACGCCUGGCUGGGACAGCCCAUGGAGUGCACGACCGCUGGACUUCACGACCCGCAGCAACCGCUCGGGUGAACGUGUACAGCAGUUGACACCCGUGGACGAGCAUGAUAGCGAGAAAGAAAGGUUGAGCACAUGGGCCAGGAGACGGAAAAGGCUUAGAGCAUACAUGUUGUACAACCCAUAUGUUCCUCUGCUGUUCCGCUUCAUAAACAUUGCAUUCACAACAGCAGCUCUGGCAAUUGCCAUCCGCAUCCGUCAUUUGGAGAAGCGGAAUGGUAUAAUGGGCGCUGUCGGCUCGUCACCAACACUUGUCAUUAUCUUCGCGAGCUUGACGCUCGUUCACGUCAUGGUGGCCAUCUAUACCGAAUACUUCGGUCGUCCGGUAGGGCUCUGGCACACCUCCAGCAAGCUGGCCUACACCCUCAUCGAGGUCGUCUUCAUCUGCGCGUGGUCCGCGGCGCUCGCGCUCACCUUCGACAACUUCUUCACAUCUUUGAUUCCUUGCGCAUCGCUCUCCAGCAUCUCUUGGUACAACGAACUGCCCCGCGCGACACUGCCCAACCUCACCUACCAGCUGGGCAUCGAGGGGGACCACAUCUGUGAUAACCAGCUCGCGCUCAUCUGCCUGGUCGGUGUGGGCCUCAUCAUGUACUGCUUCAAUCUUGUCAUCAGUCUCUUCCGCGUUUUCGAGAGGGCCAAGUACCACCCAGCUUCUUCACUCCCGACAUGACAGCAAUGCCGCUUACGAGCAACUCAUUCUUGCGACGGGCCUCUCUGCUGUCUUACGAUACUAGAUGGUUAAUUCGCUACCGUUUGCCGCAAGUAACAUAACAUACAUGUUCUGGUCGGAGACAUACACACACAGGGACUCUGAUAGAUGCAUGUCUCGGUCUUCCUGCUUCUGGGUUUUCUCUCCCAUUGUCCGAUGCGCUGCCGUAACAUGUACUGAUAUAUGAAGCCACGCUAAAAACGCUGUACAAAUGCAAGAGCUGAUUUCGAGAUCGCGCGUU